GGUUUCUUCAAAGGAACAUCCGCGGACCAGGACCGCAGGUUCUCGGACAAGGAAAUGAAGCUACUCAAAACUAUGAAGUUCCCUGCUGAGUUUGAGAAGAAGGUUGAUAUGCGUAAGGUCAACUCAUCCGUCAUUCGCCCAUGGGUCGUGAAGAAGAUCGUUGAGCUCGUGGGCUUUGAGGACGAAGUAGUCGUCGAAUACGCGAUGGGUCUCCUAGAAGAUGAUACUCAACCUACACCAGACCCCAGGAAGAUGCAGAUCAACCUGACGGGAUUCCUUACUAACCACACAGCUGAAUUCAUGUCUUCUCUGUGGAAACUCCUGAUCGAGGCACAAGAGUCACCCGCAGGUGUACCUCAAUCCUUCGUCGAGGAAAAGAAGGCAGAGAUGCGCCAGGCCAGGAUG